AUGUCCCGCCGAUUCACUGAAGACGAAAUCGAGCUGAUCCCAUCGGCGACUUGGCCGCCGGUGCGGCAUACCGACGGCGCUGUUGACCCCGAAUCGAGCGCCCAGGACACCACCGUGGGCGGCACCAGCGAGCAUCAGCCUCUUUCUGGCUGGAAGCUCGCGGCCGUCGUUGCCUCGGUCACGUUUGUCGUGCUCCUCAUGUACCUCGACACGUCGAUUGUCUCAACUGCCGUCCCGCGAAUCACGGACGAAUUCCACUCGCUCGACGAUAUUGGCUGGUACAUCAGCGUCUACCAGCUGGCCAGCGCCGCCUUCCAGCCGCUUUCCGGCAAGAUCUACACCAAAAUCAACAUCAAGUGGGCCUUUCUUGCCUUCUUCGCCGUCUUCGAGGCCGGAUCCGCCAUCUGCGGCGCUGCCAGAUCCUCUGCCAUGUUCAUCGGCGGCCGCGCUGUCGCCGGCAUGGGCGCGGCCGGUCUCAUGAACGGCUCGCUGACUAUCGUCGCCAACUCUGUCCCUCUGAACCGCCGGCCGUCCAUCACCGGUUUGAUCAUGGGCGUCGGGCAGCUUGGCAUCGCUGGCGGACCGCUCAUUGGAGGAGCCCUGACCGAGUACUCGACCUGGCGCUGGUGCUUCUACCUCAACUUGCCCAUUGGUCUGGUUGCUGCCGUCGGCCUGUGCGCUGUCGACAUCCCGGACCCAGUCCCCAAGCUCCUGACGCGGUCUUUCCUGUGGCGCAUCCACGACGAACUGGACCUCGUGGGCUUCGCCCUCUUUGCGCCGUCUGCAGCCAUGUUUUUGCUUGCUCUUCAGGGCGGCGGCAGCGGCACGUGGGCUUGGAAGUCUGCGACGGUGAUCGGUCUCUUUUACGGCUCGGGCGCAACGUUUUUUUUCUGGCUGCUGUGGAACUGGCGCAAGGGAGAGGAAGCGCUGUUCCCUGUCCAUCUGAUCAAGGAGCAAAGUGUUUGGUCGAGUGCCAUCACGGGAAGCUUCUCGCUUUGCGCUCUCUUCUUGGCAGCGUACUUUUUGCCCAUCUAUUUCCAGGCCAUCAAGGGAACAUCCCCGUUCAUGAGUGGCGUCUCCAUCUUGCCGAGCAUUCUCAGCCAGCUCGUAUUUGCGGGCAUGUCGGGGAUAGCUGUCGAACGCACGGGAUUCGUCACUCCCUACCUCGGCGCCUCGGCUGUAUUCCUUCUCCUGAGCAACGGCUUGCUCUCCACCCUGGGAUCGAAAACGCCAGUUUCACUGUGGGCCACAUUUCAGGUUCUCAAUGGAAUUGGCAGAGGCAUAGGUCUACAAAUGCCAGCUCUGGUCUUGCAAGCGGGCAAUCCCACGCACAUGUCCAUGAGCCUGGGGUUUCUCAUCUUUCUCCAGUUCUUCUCGAGCUCGAUCAUCAUGGCGGCGGCGAACAUCAUCUUCUACCAGGGACUGAGAUCGAAACUGGCGGUGGAUGCGCCAAAUGUCAACGCCAUGCAAAUAAUCGCGGCUGGGGCGACUGGCUUCCGCAAAAUUGUCAGUGAGGCCGACCUCCCUAGCGUUCUGGCGGCGUAUUCGACUUCGCUCGAUGAUGUCUUUAUUCUAGGUGUCGGUGUGAGCGCCGUGAUGCUGUUUGUCACCAUGUUCAUACCUUGGAUGGAUAUCCGCCACUAG